AUGGAGGAGGGCUACGGUGUGAUGGUGCUCAAUCCCAAUGAGAACUACCUGGAGGUGGAGAAGUCAGCCAUGUCCUCUCCCCUGCCCUCUCCUACCGAACCCUCUGACGAACCUGCAGAAAAACGGGAUCGCAAAGAUGAUAAAGAGGGCAAAAAGAAGAGAGAAUUUUAUGAGAAGUAUCGUAACCCACAAAAAGAGACAGAAACUGAGCGGAUCCCUAUACGGGAAAAUAGUUCCUCCGAGGAACACGUGCUGUAUGUGUGGGACCACUUUGUGUCCCAAGCCAAAGCCAAGAAUGUCUUCAUCAUGGCCCACAGCUACGGGGGGCUGUCUUUCGUUGAGCUG